GAGGCCUCUGAUCUGAAAGUUAGGGAGGGAAGAACUAGUGGCGGUAUUUCCGGCGUUCUCUUUAUUCUGUAAGAAGACAAGCAGGGAACAGAGAUGAGCGAAAAAGGAGCAAAUGCGAAGAAAACAAAGUGGCCGGUGAUCAAGCCCAAACGAGAUCUCCAGAUUGCACGCCUUAGAGACACCCAUCUCUUCACGGUUCCGAAUUUCUUUACAUCCGCCGAGUCCAAGGCGUUUGUCAGCGCUGCAGAGUCCAUUGGUUUCGUUCACCAAGGGAGCUUGGGCCCGACAAAAGGGGAAGCUUAUAGAGACAACGACCGUAUUUCUGUCAAUGACCCUGUUCUUGCUGAAACUAUAUGGGAGUCUGGCCUCCGGAAUAUCUUUUCCGAUAUUAAAAUUCGGGGGAAAUCUGCUGUGGGUUUAAAUCCAAAUAUCAGAUUCUACAGGUACAAUGUGGGCCAGCGCUUUGGGAGGCAUAUUGAUGAAAGUGUUGAUCUUCCGGAUAAAUGUCGUACUUAUUAUACAUUGUUAAUAUAUCUUAGUGGUGGUGUAAGGCACAAAGGCAGUAGUCAUCCAGGCAGCAAGCAGGAAUCUUCCGAGUCACUAGUUGGAGGAGAGACUGUCUUUUAUGAUUCCAGACGAGGUAUUGUUGCCGAGGUGGCUCCUGUUGAAGGGAUGGCGCUACUUCACAUUCAUGGUGAUAAGUGUAUGCUACAUGAAGCCCGGAACGUCACAAAGGGCGUCAAGUAUGUCUUCCGAUCGGAUGUAGCUUUUACUUGACCAGUGCUGAAGCUUUGCAGUUCAAACAAAAUAGUGCAAGUUUUGAUGGUACAUACAAUAAGCUCAACCCCGAACCAGCUCUAUGAGGGCGUUUUAGCCAGUAGUAUUGAGGCAUGAUAUUGUGGUUAAUGAAUUAUCUUGGAGCUUCUUGUUUCUGCUGACACAAAAAGGGAAAGAAGAAAGCUUACUGUUAGAAAGCUCCUUGGUUAAUGUAUGUGGAAGAAGAAGGAUGAGCAGCUUGGCUAUGAUAGAGCUUAAUUACUUUAACAUGAAACUGCUCCUACCAGGAAUUGUAUCUGGAGCUAAAGCUUAGUUACUUUACAAGAUUACCAUUUUCCAAUGUAGUUGGAGAGCAUCCUCUGUACUCUUUUGUUAUUGAAAUAUAAUUUUGGUGGGCUACUUGUUCUAAUGCUAAUAUAAGCACCCAUUACUCCA